UCCUUACAGUUGCAUUAGAAAAGAAGAAAAAUGAACGGUGAAGGAAAGGUGGUCUGCGUCACCGGAGCUUCCGGGUACAUAGCGUCUUGGAUUGUUAAGUUGUUGCUUCAACGUGGCUACACUGUUAGGGCCACCGUUCGAGACCCAAAUGAUCAAAAGAAAACGGAUCAUCUUCUUGCACUUGAUGGUGCAAAAGAAAGACUCAGUUUAUUCAAAGCAAAUCUGUUAGAAGAAGGCUCUUUCGAGCAUGCAAUCGAUGGAUGUGAAGCUGUCUUCCAUACCGCUUCGCCGGUUUUACUCACUGCCGAGGAUCCUCAGGCUGAGGUGAUCGAACCAGCAGUGAAGGGUACUUUAAACGUCCUAAAGACUUGUGUCAAAACUUCUUCUGUCAAAAGGGUCAUCUUAACAUCGUCCAUGGCUGCCGUUGUUGCUCAUGCGUCCCAUACUGGACCAAACGGCGUAGUAGAUGAAACCAUGUUCUCUGAUCCAAGUUUUUGUGAAGAGAAAAAGCAAUGGUAUGCACUCUCGAAGACUUUGGCUGAAGAUGAAGCAUGUAAGUUUGCCAAGGCCAAUGAGAUGGACUUAAUCGUAAUGAAUCCAGGACUUGUAAUUGGACCAAUCUUGCAGCCAACUCUUAAUUUCUCCGUAGGCGUGGUUGUUGAACUUACAAAGGGUAAGGAUCCUUUUAUGAGCAAAAGUUAUAGGUUUGUGGACGUGAGAGAUGUUGCUCUAGCUCAUAUCAAGGCACAUGAGACUCCAUCAGCCAAUGGUAGAUAUAUCAUUGAUGGUCCGGUUGUUGUGACACUAAAGGACAUUGAGAAUGUUUUGCGCGAGUUCGUUCCUGAUUUGUGCAUUGGUGAUGAUAAGAACAAUGAAGACAUUGAUCUUGAUUUAGUGACAUACAAGGUGUCUGUUGAGAAAGUGAGGAGUUUGGGAAUUGAGUUCACUCCUACAGAAACAAGCCUUAGAGACACUGUUCACAGCCUCAAGGAGAAAUGUCUUGUGUGA